GCGUCUUCCCUCAGUUCGCCCCAGGGCUGCGGGGCCACCCCCGGCCUCAGGAUGAGGAGAGAGCUGAGGGCGGGAAGGGGCAGGAGCUAACCGCCGAGCGCCACUGCCGCCGUCACUCUCUCUCUUCCCUCAGGAGGCUGAGAGAUGCAAGGGGCCAGGAAAUGCCGCCGCUGCUGCCACCAUCCCCACGCGCUGCCUGCCCUCUUCCUCGUCCUGCUCUUCGCGUCAGGGCGGGCGCCCAGAGUCGAGGGCAGCGCCGCCGCCGCUACCAAGAGCAGAAGCAGAGACUUCCAGAUUCCGGCCGCGGACAGGAAGAUGCUGCUCGAGUUCUUGCUCAAAGCCCUUCUGGAAAGGGACAGGGACGGCAGCAGUGCCGGAAGCCGCCACCACCACCAGGUGCCUCCUCACCCCUUGGGGGCGGAACGGGUAAUCGCCCGGCGCUACACCACCGGCGGCGCCGUUUACUCCUCCGUCUCUGUGGAUCGAGAAGCCAGAGUGAUCGCGUCCUCUUCCUCCUCCAGGGAGCGAGUGGCUGGGCAAGCGCCCAGGUUCUUCACCGCUUCCAGAAACUCAGAAGUAUUUCCAAGAGAUUCCAACUUAAAGGACAAGUUCAUAAAACAUUUUACAGGUCCAGUUACAUUUUCAGCUGAAUGUAGUAAGCAUUUCCAACGGCUCUAUCACAAUACACGGGAUUGUUCAACACCAGCCUAUUAUAAAAGGUGUGCAAGAUUGCUGACGAGGUUAGCAAUGAGUCCACUGUGUACGCAGCCAUAGGAGGCCUGUUAUACUUUCCUGCUAAGACUGAACUCUGGUUUGCCGAGAAAGUGCCUUGAAAUCUAUCCGAAGACAAUAGAGAAGACAUCCUGUUAUUUUUUAUUUACAGCAUUGUUUUGUUACUAGAUGCAUUUUAUUUUCAUAUAUGCUGGACAUUCCAUAUUUGUGUGAAAGGAGCGUAUUUUAUUUGAAUUUGUAAAUAUGUUGCCUAUAGCUCAAAUAAGCCAAUUUAUUUAAAUAUGUUGUAUAUAAAGACUACUAAUAAUGUACUAAUUGAGUUGGCUGGUGUUUGAUGUUUUUUUUGUUUCAUUGUAUGUACACCAUUUUGCUCAGGCUCUUUCAUUAUUUGCACUAACUUGAAAAGCAGAAGUCUCUGUAACUGAAAUCUGAAUAAGCUGCAAGUGGGUUGUUGUACUUUCUGUGGAAAAUAUUUUAUGUUAUGAAGCUUUGGUAAAAUAUAUAUGCCUACAUAGUAUAUAUAUUAUUGCACAUCAGAACAAAUUGCUCAGAAAUGCACAUUGCUUUGGGAAACAUUUGUAAAGCUAUUUUGGAUUAUCAUCAGUUACGUUUGUACUGGCACUUAUGGAAA